AUGUCACCACCUCAGCCAUUUGAGGAGGAUGACAUCCGAGUGGAGUAUCAUCCCAGUAGUCAGCACCCUAUGCAGGUUCAUCAUUUCGAGGAAUAUGGACGUGGUCCUGGUGCCCCCACAGCAGUCCUGCCAGUGGUAGUGCCUUUCCAGGGUAAUGAUCAGACAUUUCAACUAUUCCAUCACUCAAUAUGGGACUGGGCAGUGGAUCUCCUUCAAGAUCCCCAAGUUGGUCCACAAUUUCCUUGGACCGCCAAUGCAUUCUGGGAGUAUCAAUCAAAAAUACCCUCAGAUGCCAAGCCUCUCACCUUCAUUCUUUAUGCAGAUAAGGCUAAAUUAUUGUUGUUUGGCCAGGCAAAAGGCUAUCCUGUCGUUGCACAGUGCACUAAUCUUCCUGUUGCGAUUCAUAAUGGAGAUGGCUUGGGUGGUGGGCAAGUAGUGGGAUGGUUACCAAUUGACAAGAAGCACUCCAGAAAGCUGGCAUUUGUGAACUUCAAAAAUGCGGUAUGGCAUCAAUCAGUUCUGAAAAUGCUCACCUGCCUUGCACCACUGUCGAAGAUUGGAUCCGCUGUUAAAUGCUGGGAUGACCUUGUUUGUAUCUUCUAUCCAAUCAUACUCAUACUCUCUGCAGACUAUGAAGAACAGUCUGUGAUGGCAUUGAUUCAGGGUCUGAUGGGAAAAUUCCCUUGCCCUAUAUGUCUCAUACCUUGUGAUGAGCUUUUCAAGACAUCUAAUGUCUAUCCUCUUUGCAUAUCUGCAGAUUCUGCAACAUUGGAAGCGAGAGAACAAAUAUUGAGCUCUGAGAGCCUUCAUGAUGUUGAUAAUUCUUUUGAUAUCAUGGAGCAUACUGAUGUUCAUCAGGCUCUCUCAUAUGACAAACUCCACUUUAAUGAUGGGGGCCUUUUCAGUGACCACCAGUGGACCAAACUACAGAACUUUGACUUGUUUCCACAAUGGCGAAAUCUCAAUCAUUUCAGCCAGGUUACAUCAAUAUCUUUUUCUGAUGGAACAAAGUAUGAAGAUAUAUUGAAGCUUAUUGUCUUUGCAGCUCAUAAUGUAUUUGAUCACGAUCAAGAUCUGGAGGCUUAUCUUCUGCUCCAUUGUGUUCACAGCUACAUGGAAUUCAACAUGUAUGCUUCAUUUGAGGUCCAUACUGAAGACACUAUCAAUGAUGGCCGAAAAGCUCUGGCAAAUCUGACUGAACUGAUGGAUAAAUACAUUCAAGACACAUUAGACUUAAGUGACAAGUCAUGGAAUCUCCCAAAGAAGCAUCUUUCUGCACAUCUCUUUAACGAUAUUGAGGCAAAAGGUGUCACCCAAAACUAUAGCACAAAACCAAACAAAAAAAUGCAUGACCCACUGAAGGAUGCUUAUCAGGAUUGUACAAACUUCAAGAACUUUGCUGAACAGUCAGAUCUGCCUGAUCCAGAGGCCAAUGAGAUUGAACAAAUAGAUGGGCUACAUUUCAGCCUUGGCUCACAGCAGGCAACACAGUCAUUUGCAGAUGUUGAAGCAAUCAACUAUGAAUCACUAGUUGACUGUCCAAUGUUUCAUGGAUCACCUCGAUAUGAUUUCAUUAUCCUGCAGACAGAAGCUCGUGUCAUCUUUGCACAAUUGUUGUUGGUCUUCACCUGCAUGGUCGGGGAUGUUCAAUAUCCUAUCAUGCUAACUCUCCUGUAUGAUCAACCUGCAAAGCCUAGAGUCUCCACAGAAUUCUUUUCAGUGCAAUCCAUCAUCUGCGGUUGUGUACUGGUUGAGGACAGUAGCAGACCUAACAAGGCUCUGGUCAUUGACACUCUUGAUACAGAUAUGUUCCUUUGCAUGAAGGAAAUCCAUACUGAUACUGCAGCUGGUUAG